AUGGACAUAAGCGUUGAUUUAUUUUACAACGAUGAAAAUGUUGGUCCCAAAACUGAUGUGCUGCGUAUACGAAAAAGGCUUCGUGAUCACUCGAAUCCUUUGGAACUUCCAAGAACCAAAUUCAUAAGCUACUUUCGUUUAAAUAAGGAAGCAUUUGCCUUUUUGCUAAACGAGAUGGAGGAACACUUCCAGAAACGUGUGCGAGGAACGGCUGUACCUCCCAUAUUGAAAUUAUGUGCAACUCUCAGGUUCCUUGCUGACGGCAGUUAUCAAAAGUGCAGUGGAAAUGAUUUUAAUGUUGGACUGGCGCAACCUACAAUAUCUGUAGUUAUUAAGGAGGUUUUAAAUAUAAUUGAGCAGCAUAUUUGUGGAAAAUGGAUUACAACCCAAAUGACUGAAGAGGAGCAAAAGCGUCAAAAAUUGCAUUCUAUUCAAAUAGCGGAUUCCCCCAAGUAG